GCUGCAAAGCGGGAGCUUGAGCGCCAGCGGCAGUUGGAAUGGGAAAGAAACCGGAGACAAGAGCUUCUGAAUCAAAGAAAUAAAGAGCAAGAGGACAUUGUUGUUCUGAAAGCCAAGAAAAAAACUCUAGAGUUUGAGCUAGAAGCCCUUAAUGAUAAAAAGCAUCAGUUAGAGGGAAAACUCCAAGACAUCCGCUGCCGACUCACAACUCAAAAACAUGAAAUAGAAAGCACGAACAAGUCCAGAGAAAUGAGAAUCGCAGAAAUCACUCAUUUGCAACAGCAACUUCAGGAAUCUCAGCAGCUGCUUGGAAAAUUGAUUCCUGAAAAACAGUCUUUAAAUGACCAAUUAAAGCAAGUUCAACAAAAUAGUUUGCACAGAGAUUCACUUCUAACACUAAAGAGAGCAUUGGAAGCAAAAGAAAUUGUCCGCCAGCAGCUCAGAGAUCAGCUAGAUGAUGUAGAAAAAGAAACCAGGGCUAAGCUUCAAGAGAUUGACGUAUUUAAUAACCAAUUAAAGGGUAUAAAGCUGAAGAAGGGUAAAUGCAGAAUAUAUGGAAAGUUACCCACUGUUUAUGAGCAUUAUAAACAGUUAAGAUGCUGA